UGCUGUGUGUGGCGCCUCCUUCUUCCGUCAACGCCACACUCACAGCAGCAGUGGCCAUAGGUCCGAAGAAGGGCCCAGGGGCAGCAGCAGCAGCAACAGCAGCCCCUCUUUGCUGGAGGAGCCUCACCUGGGAAAGAGCCAGAGGGAGCCAGCAAUGGCAGGAAAAGCCCACAGACUAAGUGGUGAAGAAAGGGAACAGCUGCUACCGACUCUCCGAUCAGUAGGAUGGAAUGAGGUGGAAGGCAGAGAUGCCAUUUACAAGGAGUUCCAUUUCAAAGAUUUCAAUCGGGCCUUUGGAUUUAUGACCAGAGUGGCUCUACAGGCAGAAAAACUGGACCAUCACCCUGAAUGGUUUAAUGUCUAUAACAAGGUUCACAUAACAUUAAGCACACAUGAGUGUGCAGGCUUAUCUGAGCGAGACAUCAACCUGGCCAGUUUCAUAGAGCAAGUUGCCAACACAUUAGUCUAAAGGCAGUCGCCAGGGCCAUCUGUGCCCUCUUUCUGUCUGCUGAAGCAGUAAGUGGACAAGUACACUGCCCAGUGAAGGACAGCAUGUGAUACUGAUCCAGUAUUGAGGAAGCCCAUCUUUACAGCUGUCUUUUUAACUUAUUGUAUGAUGAUUCCACAUGCUGGUACAGGGAAACCAUUGCUCUGCAACUUCAUUACCUUUUCUCAAACUGUCUUAUGGCAAAUUAUAGCGCCACUACAUUCAGUAUUGCUAUUCUUGUAAUCUGUGCAGUAUUACAGUAGUACAGUGAGGGGCCAUCUGUGCUGGAGUUACUCAUAAUAAAGUUGACUUGUGUGAUAAAAAGGAAA